UAGAAAAGAACCUGUUGCAACAUUGAAAGCCGUUGCAAACAACACAGCGACACGAGUGACCCACAUACCAAGCUACUAGCCAUUUAUAUAUCGUUAGCCGGUGCAAUACAUUAUCUUCCGRCAACACUAGAAAACAACAAGAAUUCCGACAAGUGAAAACAAAGUACCAAUUGCAGCAUCCACAGCAACAACAACAGCARCAUAAUGGCGAGAAGUUUACGUCCCCUUAAAAUCACAAUAGUCGGCGACGGUAUGGUGGGCAAGACCUGCCUACUCAUCACAUACACACAAAACGAAUUCCCCGAAGAAUACAUACCCACAGUGUUCGAUAACCAUGCCUGCAACAUCACGGUCGAUGGCAAUGAAUACAGCCUGACACUCUGGGAUACAGCCGGGCAAGAGGACUACGAGCGCCUACGUCCGCUCAGUUAUCCGAAUAUACAGACGAAUUCGACAGAUUUAUAUAGUUAGUUGGGCGGGUAGAGAGAACUAUAAGUUCUUUCGCUUUGUUUUAUUAUUGUAUUCUUUUUAUUAAAUAUUGUAAUGUUGUAAAAUAGCAAAAAAAAAACUAUUUUUACAUUUAGUGAUUUAAGCGCAAAAUAUUGUACACACCAAUAUACAAGCAUAUGUAUGUAUGUAUUUAUUAAUAAAAAUAAAAUAUUUAUCAAUGUUAAAAUAAUUGUGUGUCGAGCUUAGUCAAACUGGCUGUACAGUUGGAUAACAUAAACAAUAAAUCAAUAACAAAAACAUGAUAUAUAUAUAUAAAAAA